ACAAAAUGAGCAGGAACCGAAAGUUGGAGCUGACAACGAAGAGGAAAUAACUUAAAAACCGACGGCUGGCUCAUAUAGCCUUACAGUUUAUAGAUUAUUUUAUUUAUAUUCAUUAUUUGCUAGUAAACGUUAAUUUCUGACGUGGCCAUUUAUUCAUAAACAUGUUAUCUUAAGUAUAAACGUUAGCAUAACCAACAACCUUUAUUUUACAGUAGCGUUCGCACGUUGUAUUAACGUCUUUUGGAUGUAACGCACGUUAAAGUUAUUGCGACACGUAGGAUUUACAUAAAUCCAUUCUACAGCUCGUGUGUUUGAGUGUAUUGCUGCCGGAGAGAUGGACCCGGACACUGAAGUGGAAAGGAUUUUUAGGCAGGAGAAUUCAGAGGAAGAUGAGGAGAAGGAGGAGAAGAUGAAGAGGCCUCCCUCCAGCUAUGGUUCAAUGAAGAGUGACGAUGAUGUGAUGGAGGAGGAGGAAAAAAUGGAAGAGGCUGACAAGGUCUCCUUCUCUUUCCUGUUUCCAAUGGCGCUACCUGCAUCGACUGCUCAUGACGGGACAGGGUUGCAGAUGAUUCGCUCAGCGUCUCCAGAGACCCUCUACACCAUGACCACGCAGCAGACUAGACCACCGGGAGCUGUGGUCAUUGACACCAGGUCUUCUGAUCUGGGGGAUUUCUCAGAACCCGACGAUGAGGAGGAGGAUGCAGAUGAAAUUUUGAUAGCUAAUUCCCCUGAACCACCUGAGCCUGUUGAACCGGAAGACGAAAUGCAGGAUGAGAACGGCCAGCCAGGUAGACUACACCCAGAGCAGGACCUGCCCCACAUAUUCAAGAGCAUCCAGAAUGUUUUGACGGGGCUCACCAGUGACGACUUACUCAAAUUUAAGGUGUCGUUUUACCAGUGGGAACCAAAGAUGUCCCUGCCACAGGUGAUGGAGGGAGACCUUCUUGAUUUUGUGGACAGGAGCCUGGAGAUGCUUGGCCAGGAUCGUUCCCUGUUGCAUACAAUAAAUACCCUAGAAAAUAUCGCCAAGAAACCAGAGGCAGAGGAACUGAGGAAUAGCUGCAAGAGAGCGCUGAUCCGUUAUCGCCUGAAGCAGUAUUUGAUAGAAAAACACCAAAUCAUCCGCGAGGGGGUCGUUCGAGCCGGAAGGCAGAAUCUCCUCGAUAACAUCUACGUCGAGCCCCAUGUUACCACCCGUGGUUACGGAGGAGUUGACCCCUCCCACGAGUAUGGGAGGAGUCCCAUGAGUCCGUCAACUCUCCAGGUCCCCACUGCCGACACCUUCGUGGGCUUGAACAAUCUGUUCCGACUAAAGACGGGUGACGGCAAGCCGGUGAGGACGGUGGUGACCACUGGGAUUCCAGGAAUCGGUCUGACCGUCUCUGUCGGGAGAGUCUCCCUGGAUUGGGCGGAACUAAAGGCCAAUAAAGAUCUGCAGUUUGUCAUCAAACUUUCAUUCCGAACCUUCUGGCUCCUGCGGAAAAAAGAGCUUGCUCUUUCACAGAAGUCGUCCGUCGUGGAACUGAUACAAUACCAUAAUCCUGAGUGCAAAGACUUGAAACACCUGGAGGAGGAAGACUGUAAAUUUCUCAUCAUAAUGGACUCAUUUGAUUGUUACCAAGCCUCGCUGGACUGGCAGAAUGCUCCUGUGAUAAACGACAACUACACCCAAGCACAUCCUGACGUCCUGAUAGUAAAUAUCAUCCGGGGUACUGUGCUUCGUGGCGCCCGCGUCUGGAUCCUGGGGAGACAGGCCGCUGUCUCACAAAUACCAUCUCAAUACAUAGACGUUGUCACAGAAUUACAGAGCUUUAGUGACGAGAAGGUAGAUGAAUUCCUGAGCAUCCGCUUCUGCAAUGCAGAGCUAACGAGUAAUAUCUUGGCACAUUACAAGCGCCUCCCAUCGCUCCGCAUACUAGCUCGACACCCGUUAGUUUGCUGGAUGGUGGCCACGGUGUUCGAGCGCUGCUACAAAUACCGUGACUAUGGGGUGCACCCCCCCAGGCUGACGCCCUUCCAUGGCAGCAUUCUGAUUUUCCAGACCAAUCGCAACAUGGAGUACUACUACGGACUGCCGGAGAAUGAUCUGAAAUGGGGCACUGAUGAAAACAACCAGCUCAAUAAGAUCGGCAAGAUGGCCUUAAAGAUGCUGGAGAGGAACACCGGCGUGUUCUUUGAAGAGGAUGUGAAGGAGUUCGGUAUGAAGGUGACGGAUGUGACGGUGUUCUCCGGCCUCUGCACUGAGCUCCCCAGUGCAGCCUCAGACAGGAAGAGGACGUACUGCUUCCUGCACUUCAGCUUUCAGGAGUUCAUUGCCGCUCUGUACGUCUUCACAAUGUUUCGCUCAGAGUGCAAGAACGUUCUGGACACGGCGUUGUUGCACAAGCCCAAGCUCUUCGCAUCCAAGGACCAGACCAAAUCCGCAGUGGGCCUGGUCCAGUGUGCCUUGGCGCGGACCCUCGCCUCCCCGCCGGGACACUACGACAUGUUCCUGCGCUUCCUGUGCGGCAUGCUCAAUCCGGACUGUCACGACAGUCUAAUGCGGGGGUGUCUCUACAGCCACCGCGCGCCGAAGGUGGCCGGACUGGAUGAUGUGCAGCGGCUGCUUGAACAAACAAUACUGACUGCUGAAGAAAACCGCGUGGAGAACUUAAAGGAGUGCCUUAGAGAAAUGAUCCAGAAGGAUGAGUGAGUCGGGGUUAGAUCGCAUCGUGAUAAUCAGAGUCACUUUAAGGAUAUGAUGGAGGAAAGAAGGGCACCGUUACAGCUCCGUUAUUUAAACCUUGAAUCCAUAAGUGAUUAAAGCGUGACGCUCAAAACACUCAACGGUGACGUGUUCCAGUCUGUGUCAUUUAAGCUUUGAUAACGAUAGACCUUGGCUUUCUGUGUCGGUAAUGUUCCUGCUGCACCAGACACAUUCAACUGUUUUUCUAUGCAUUCUAGUACAGCGGAGCUUAUGCAAUACUUAAUUAUGUCACUUAUGUCUUACAAUGAGCACUAAUCAAAAGGCAUUCUGGAUUUUAAUUUAUCCAGCUGUGAAUGUUUUAUUCAGAUACGUUGGUCUGGGUUCUCGUCCACCAAACAGAUCGGAGAGACAAAAGAAGACGUGUGCUGUUUAGAGAGUUGUUGAAAUGUAAACUGAGCAGAAGAUGUGAUGACACUUGGAAGACGUGUGACUUUGUUGAUUCAGAGUAACCCUCAUACUACAUUGUGAUAUGAAACCAAUGUGCCUGAUCUGUUCAUAUCCAACAUUUAACCAUUAGUGCCAACACACCACUAUUAUUUAGAUUGACGGAGGCCACACAGAGGCCCCUCAGAUUUCACAUUUUGUCACUGAGAGGUGUGUAUGUGAGUUUUAAAAUGUGCCUCUCUUCCUUGCAGUGGGUCUGGUUUUGCAGGGGAAUCAGACCCGAUGACGAGCAUUAAGAAUAACUUUAUAGAAAUAGCCAAUAUUCUCGCUGAUGGUCUUUGUUUACUUAUGAAGGUCAUGGAGAGGCAUCAGUACUAAUCUGAGACAGUUUGAAAACCACUCUAAAGUUCCUUGUAGUAACUUUAAAUAGGUUCAGCUUUAAAUCACAGUGUGUGUGCACGUGUCUGCUUAUGUGUCCAUAUAUGCUUUUUGUACUCGCUGAAUUUUUUAAUUGAUCAUUCUCUCUACCUUAUCUGCGUCAAUACAAAAGAUGUGGUGGUUCUGAAUCUUUUUGCAUUUGUGUGUAUUUGUUUUAUAACACCUGACACAGAGGUAACUAGAGCAAUGCACUCAGUAGUAGUAAUACUCUGUAGUGUUUGAUUGAUGAAUACGAAUGCUGUAAAGCGUCGAUAAAAAACAGACUUCAUCCAAACUCAAAAACAAGCGGCGAGGUAACGUUAUACAAGCAUAGUGCUCAAAGUUGUAUACUUAAUAAUACACUUCAUACAAUCGUGCUAAAACACAAAGGUAAACUCAUCAAGCUGGCUGCUCAGCAGUGUGUGUGUGUGUGUGUGUGUGUGUGUGUGUGUGUGUACACAAGUUGUUGGCGCUUGGCAUUAUUAUUAUUAAGCAUGUAUAAACCAAAAUAUGGAGAGAAGUGGGUGAGAAUGUGUUUUUUAUUGGAUGAAUGAUAACGAUGAACCUACAUUACAUUACUUACAAAAUUGGUUUUACAGGGAAGAAAAGCACAUCAGUCAGUUAUUUGAAAGAGGAUGCAAAAAUCAGUAGCCCAAAAUAUUCAAUGAAAGUAAUGGUGUAAAUGACCCUUGUAGUUUCCAGAUCCCCAUCUAGUCUUUAUUUAGAACCUGCAGGAUAUAAAGGAGACAGAACACUCUGCUUUUAACCUGGAACACACAAACAGUUUUCACACAUUGGUCCCCAGUGGUGACCUAUUUAUGGCAAGGCCUUUCAUUUAAACCUAAAAUUUAAAAAAUACACGAAUUUGAUAAACAAUUUCAUGCCAGAGAGGGUGUUAAACAAGUUUCCCAUGGCAGAUAAAAGGUAGCUCCUCAUGGCAGUCGCUGUCCAGCAAUCUGAAUUCAUCUUCUAUCAGGAUGAUCUUUCCGCAGUGGUUGUCCAAAGCUGCUGUUCCACUUAAAAUCCACUUCCAGGGGACGCUGACGCUGCCAAAGAUGGACCGCUCCACACCACUUUUUCCAAGCCCGUCUGAUUUUGCAGGACAGAGUUCACUGCGCUCUGCACUGUGCAGUUGGUGAUUUGAACCAGGCAGGAGUU